CCAGGAGGUGCAGAUACUGUUUAAAGGUCUUCCGCCGUGCGGGACAGCAGACCGCAUCCCUUUCCCCAGGGGGAGAGAGAGAAUCGUGCUUUAAUUCGAAUCGUCUUCCGGCGAUGUUUAAGCGGCGGAGCAUCUUCGAAUCACGCCGAAGAUAAAUCUUACCUUCUUCCUGUUGCUGCUGUCCUCGAUCUCUCCUUUUUGGUUUCGAGAGUACAUAAUAAUAUCUCCUCAUGGCACCUGAUGCCACUUACUUUGAAGAGGUGAGACUCACCCCUGAAGUUAUUGAUCCUCCUAAAAAUGAAGACAUGGUGGAAGUAAGUGAGCAAGUAAAUGACCAUGUUCAGCUUACACCAAAGCCAAAUUUCGCUGAUGCAAGCAGCGUCCCUGAACUUUUGGAAUGUCCUGUGUGCCUGAAUGCAAUGUAUCCUCCCAUUCAUCAGUGCUCAAACGGCCAUACACUAUGCUCUGGAUGCAAACCCAGAGUUCACAAUCGAUGCCCUACUUGCAGGCAUGAGCUUGGCAACAUAAGAUGCCUUGCGUUGGAGAAGGUUGCAGCUUCUCUUGAAUUACCCUGCAAAUAUUCAAGCUUCGGUUGUCUGGGUAUAUAUCCGUAUUACUGUAAGCUGAAACAUGAAUCACAGUGCAUGUUUAGACCCUACAGUUGUCCCUAUGCUGGAUCUGAGUGCACAGUUGUAGGCGACAUUUCCUAUUUGGUGACUCACUUAAAGGAUGAUCACAAGGUUGACAUGCACAAUGGAAGCACUUUCAACCAUAGAUAUGUGAAGUCAAAUCCGCAUGAGGUUGAGAAUGCUACGUGGAUGUUGACGGUGUUCAGUUGCUUUGGACAGUACUUUUGCCUCCACUUCGAGGCAUUUCAGCUGGGUAUGUCACCCGUAUACAUAGCAUUCUUGAGAUUCAUGGGCAACGAUAGUGAAGCUAAAAACUACGGUUACAGCCUUGAGGUUGGAGGGUAUGGAAGGAAGAUAACUUGGCAAGGGGUGCCUAGAAGCAUACGCGAUAGCCAUCGAAAGGUGAGAGACAGUUAUGACGGGCUAAUCAUCCAGCGUAAUAUGGCUCUGUUCUUCUCAGGAGGGGAUCGGAAGGAGUUGAAGCUGAGGGUGACCGGAAGAAUUUGGAAAGAACAAUGAUGCUCUUGUUUUCCAGCCACAUUAUAGUCCGAUGUUCUUGCGUGAGCUGCUAGUGGCUUGUUUUAGUUUUAUGAAAUUUUCAGGCUGAUAAUGUAAUGCCCGAAGCAAAACUCGCUUUGCUUCACUACCUGUUCUACGUGCUUAAAUUGCAUGGGAAAUUAUUUCGAGAGAAGAAAUCUAACUCAUCCUGUGCUAAAGAAU